AUGGGGCGGAAAUACCAGAAAUUUGAUCUGAGUGGAGAGACCACUCCCUCGAGUACAGGCAUUGGUGACUCAGGAAGAUCUCUGGAUGGAGAGACCACUCCCCUGAGUACAGGCAUUGGUGACUCAGGAAGAUCUCUGGAUGGAGAGACCACACCCCUGAGUACAGGCAUUGGUGACUCAGGAAGAUCUCUGCAUGGCGAGACCACUCCCUCGAGUACAGGCAUUGGUGACUCAGGAAGAUCUCUGGAUGGAGAGACCACUCCCCUGAGUACAGGCAUUGGUGACUCAGGAAGAUCUCUGGAUGGAGAGACCACUCCCCUGAGUACGGGCAUUGGUGACUCAGGAAGAUCUCUGGAUGGAGAGACCACUCCCCUGAGUACAGGCAUUGGUGACUCAGGAAGAUCUCUGGAUGGAGAGACCACUCCCCUGACUACAGGCAUUGGUGACUCAGGAAGAUCUCUGGAUGGAGAGACCACUCCCCUGACUACAGGCAUUGGUGACUCAGGAAGACCUCUGGGUGGAAAGACCGCUACCUUAAGUUCAGGCAUUGGCAACACCUCUGGUGGAAAACUACUUCUCCCCUCAGUACAGGCAUGGCAAUAUAAGGAAGGCACUGGUGGGGUGGCCACCGCAGAGGAAGGCACUGGUGGGGUGGCCACCGCAGAGGAAGGCACUGGUGGGGUGGCCACCGCAGAGGAAGGCACUGGUGGGGUGGCCACCGCAGAGCAAGGCACUGGCGAGGUGGCCACCGCGGAGCAAGGCACUGGCGGGGUGGCCACCGCAGAGGAAGGCACUGGCGGGGUGGCCACCGCAGAGGAAGGCACUGGCGGGGUGGCCACCGCAGAGGAAGGCACUGGUGGGGUGGCCACCGCAGAGGAAGGCACUGGUGGGGUGGCCACCGCAGAGGAAGGCACUGGUGGGGUGGCCACCGCAGAGGAAGGCACUGGUGGGGUGGCCACCGCAGAGGAAGGCACUGGUGGGGUGGCCACCGCAGAGGAAGGCACUGGUGGGGUGGCCACCGCAGAGGAAGGCACUGGUGGGGUGGCCACCGCAGAGGAAGGCACAGGUGAGGUGGCCACCGCAGAGGAAGGCACAGGUGAGGUGGACACCGCGGAGGAAGGCACAGGUGAGGUGGCCACCGCGGAGGAAGGCACUGGUGAGGUGGCCACCACGGAGGAAGGCACUGGUGAGGUGGCCACCACGGAGGAAGGCACUGGUGGGGUUGGCCACCGCGGAGGAAGGCACUGGCGAGGUGGCCACCGCAGAGGAAGGCACAGGUGA